ACAGUAGUAAUCAAUGGGCAUUUACAAGAGGAAAAGCUGCUGACUCAGAGAUGAGUAAAAAAAAGAAAAAUGGGAGUGGUGAGGAUGGAGUGUGAAGGAAAAGGAGGAGGGGUGAAGGGAGACUGCAGAGAGAGGAAAGUGUCACUGAGCUCACUUAGCACUCUCAGCCUUCUGUAUAUGGGUGUGUGUGUGCUCUCAGACAGAGUCUCCUUGUUUUUGUGUUUCUCCAACACAAAUUUGACUCACUUUCCCCUUCCAACACAACUGAAUCAAGAGGGUGCUGCCUGAUUGGAUGCUUCAUAUUUGAGAAAUGGAAUGUCCAGAGAAAGACUGGGUUCAGAAUAAUGUCAAUCUUGACAUCAUGAAAGCUGGAAGUGUGUUGAGAAAAGCAAAGUCUCGCAUGUGGAAAGGACACCGCCACUACAAACUGCUGGAUGAUGGCAAGACUGUCAUGUACAAAUCCAGCUGGGCAAUGAACUCUUAUUCAACCUUCUCUGUAGGUGAUGUGGAGGCAGUCCGAGAGGGCCAUCAGUCUGAAGUGUUCCUUAAUAUGCCAGAUGAAUUCCCCCAAGAAUGCUGCUUCACGCUGGUGUUUCGUGGCCGCCGUGCGAACCUGGACCUUGUGGCCUCAUCAGAUGAGGAGGCUCAAGCUUGGAUUCAGGGAAUACGGAUGCUCAUAGAGAACCUGCAAACCAUGGAUGAGUGUGAUAAAUUUGACCAAUGGGUCUCUGAUUUGUUUAUGACAGCGGACAAAAACAAAGAUGGAAGGAUAAGUUUUAAAGAGGUUAAAAAGCUGCUGAAGAUUAUGAACAUAGACAUGAAUGAGCUCCAUGCAAAUGCUCUUUUCACGAUGGCUGAUCUAAACCAGACAGGCAUGCUGGAUGCAGAGGAAUUUGUCCACUUCUAUAAGAUGCUUACACAGAGGAAUGAAAUUCUAGAGUUAUUCCAGGAAUACUCCAGUAAUGGACAGGCACUUUCACACUGUGACCUAGAGGAGUUCCUUAGAGAGGAGCAGCUGGAAGGCGAGAGGAGUUAUGAACAUGCACUUGAGCUGAUACAGCAAUAUGAACCUUCAGAUACAGCUAAAACUCAUAAUGUCAUGUCAGUUGAUGGAUUUCUGAUGUACCUAACCUCUGCUGAAGGCUCCAUCUUCAAACCAGAAAACCAGAAUCUUUAUCAGGAUAUGACACAGCCUCUCAAUCAUUACUUCAUCUCCUCCUCCCACAACACAUACCUUUUAGAAGACCAGCUGAAAGGACGGAGCAGUGUGGAAGCAUACAUCAAGGCUUUGAAACGAGGCUGUCGCUGUGUGGAGGUGGACUGCUGGGAUGGCUCAAAUGGAGAACCCAUUGUUUAUCAUGGACACACUUUCACAUCCAAGAUUUUGUUUAAAGAUGUCAUCUCCACAGUGUCAAAAUAUGCCUUUGAGGAAUCGGAAUACCCACUUAUUUUGUCAAUUGAAAAUCACUGCAGCAUUGAGCAACAGACAGUCAUGGCUGAGCUUCUGAAGAAUAUCCUUGGGGACAUGCUGCUGAAGACUACAUUCAAUGGAAAGUUGCCCAGUGUGCUGCCAUCACCAGAGGAACUUAAGGGAAAAAUCAUGUUGAAAGGAAAAAAGAUUGGGGAAUUGGCAGAGUGCUCAGAUGUUGACAAUCAAGAAAGCAGUGACAUGAGCGAUGAAGAUAAGGCUGUGGACAAGGACAAUCAGGCCACAGAGAAAUCAAAGGAGAAUCUAUCUAAGGAGCUUUCAGACCUUGUCAAUUACUGCAAGAAUGUUCAUUUCAACAGCUUUGAGCAUUCACGGGUCCACAGCAAGCCUUAUGAGAUGUCGUCCUUCUCUGAGUCCAAGGCACGCAAACUUAUCAAAGAAGCUGGAGCUGACUUCAUUCAGCAUAACAUAAGGCAUUUAAGCAGAGUGUAUCCUAGUGGCCUGAGGACAGACUCUUCAAAUUACUGUCCCCAUGACAUGUGGAAUGCGGGAUGCCAAAUUGUGGCCUUGAAUGUCCAGACAGCAGGACUGGAGAUGGAUCUUAAUGACGGGCUCUUCAUUCAGAAUAACCGCUGUGGAUAUGUUUUGAAACCCGAGAUCUUGCGCAACAGUGAACAGUGUUUCGAUCCAGAGAGGCCCACCGACCGGAACGAUUACUGUCCUCUCAGCUUCACUAUCCAGAUAAUAAGUGGCCAACAGCUCCCGAAAGUAAGCAAAAAAGAUUGGUCCAUCGUAGACCCAUUGGUAAGGGUGGAGAUCUAUGGUGUAUCUCUCGACCAGACACAGCAAGAGACCAAACACAUUGAGAACAAUGGAUUCAACCCAUACUGGAAUGAAACAUUACAGUUUGUGAUACAUACGCCUGAGCUGGCAUUAGUCCGCUAUGUUGUGGAAGACUAUGACAAGACGUCCAGGAAUGAUUUUAUAGGGCAAUACACAAUCCCCUUCUCCUGCAUUCAACCUGGGUAUCGUCAUAUCCAUCUUUUAUCAAAAGAUGGCACUAGCCUUUGUCCAUCAUCUUUGUUUGUGCAUAUUAAAAUUAAAAAGGCUUCUUAGACUGUUUUGCAGGAACAUAGCAUGAUAGAGGCAUUGUGGCGAUGCACUUGGAAAUGCCACCACCCUCCAGGAAGCUGCCUGUAGUAAUAUGUGCUGUUGCAUGUGAACACAUUUUAUACACUGUAGUGCAAUCGCAUUUUUGCCCUUUGUAUAAAAUAAUGAAGAAAAAAAAGGCGGCUUUGUAUUCAGCCGUCAAACUUUUUGAGGUAAAGAUUAAAAUAUGCAGUGUAUGAACAUAAUAUUUACCUGUUAUAUUGAGGGCGGUAUUUUGCAGACAUCGUUGUAUUGUUCAACUUGUUCCUUUUGAGGGAACAGUCACUGCAAGUCAAUACAACAUUCUUCUAGUGCCAUCACCUAGGUAAAAAAAUGUCUAUUAUGAAUCUAUAAUUAUCAUUUCCAAGAUGACCCUAUCUAUCUAUCUAUCUAUCUAUCUAUCUAUCUAUCUAUCUAUCUAUCUAUCUAUCUAUCUAUCUAUCUAUUUGACCAAUAAAAUUAUUCUAUCAAGUAUUAAAAGUAUAACUCAAAUUUUAGGAUCAAAAAAUUUAAAUAUGAAAUCAUUUUGUAUGAAUUAAUACUCUGUUCCUCUCAUGCACUGCAGCAUUUAAGAAAUAAAAUGUUUAAAUAUACAGUAGUUUAUGGUAUUAUUGAAGGAAAAGGGGGAGAAGAAGCCAGAGAGAGAAACAUGUAAGAAAAAAGUGGGUGGUGCCUCAAAGUCUUAAAUCCUUACUGAGAUAGAGGCAGAGGAACAACUCGCUCUAGAGAUCCGAUUACAUUCCUCCAGGCAGAAAUUGAGAGACAAUAACAAUAAAGUAGACCUCAAAAACUUGGGAUGGGUUAGUAAUAUUAGCCCUUCUCAAGUUAUUCACUCCUUUUCAGCAACUUCACAUCUUACAUUAUCCUCAGACCUAAAUUUUGACGUCAAAACAAUGGUUUCGCUGGACCAAUUUCAUUGAAUAUUCUCUUUAAUAAAUAUUUUGCUUAUGUUUGGACUGUUUGUAGUAUUGUUCAAGAAUUCUUACAAUCUUUGCAAAAGUACAUUCUUAAAUGACCUACACUGUAGUCACAGAAUUAUUGCUGUAAAUAUUGUUAAAUGUUAUUUUAAUAUACCGUUUUAAUUAUGUUGUUUCUUCAACCUUGUGUUUUCAAUAUAAAUAAAUGUUUGCUGUAUAAAUGUCA